CAGGGCGGGUGGAUGCUCGGAAACUCUCUUCCACGCUUACUUUUCUCUCGUUAUCCUCUGUCUCCGUCAUUUUCUCGUCUGUCUUCUGCACCGCCUUGUGAUCAGAGGAUAAACCCAGGAUAAAACAUCCUGAAAAGAGAAAAUGAAGUCCCACAUGACGUUUUAUGUCACCUGUGUGACACUGAUCUCCCUCUGGUGCAGUGUGUGCCAUGCCACUCCCAUGUUUUACAACAUUUCCAUGGACGGCAGUGGUGAUGCAGAGCUGGAACUCCUUUUCCCCGUCUCUUUCUCCACCCGUGCACCUGUUGUGGUCACUGCUACCACUAACACACCUUCACUCACCAACACCAUCACCACCACCAUGAUCCGCCUGAAGGAUUUUGUCUUGAGUCGGGUGGUGGACUUCCUGCAGGAAAAUCUACUCAUCAUCAUAGUUGUGACCUCCCUCCUCAUCGUCAUGGUCUUUAUCAUCUGCUGUGCUUCAGCCAUGAGUCACAAACGUAAGCUGGAGGCCUACAAGCCCCCUCCCAAUCCACCCCGGAAGUACAUGGCAGAUAAAACCACAGGGCGCAAGAACUCAGGCGAUCUCCACGAAAGGCCGUACGCCGUGGACCACGUCAAGAGGGUCCAGACUCAGAGCAUGUCCUCCCCCAAGAACCUGCGCAUGCCCUCCAAGGCUCUGGUGGGAGAGAGGGGCCGAGACGUCAGGUCAUCACCUCGCCAGGAAGUCAGAAGGGUCAGGGACACAGAGGAGGUGGAGAAGCGCCGAGAGGAGCCCAGACACAAGGAGCAGUCAAAGCACAGGGAGGAGGUGCAGCAGAGAUCCAGCCCCAGCACCAGCUCCAGUCAGCCCGUGUGCACCUGCCACCUGAAAAAGGCCUACCACUAAGGCACGUUCACCCCCAACAUCACAUAUACACUAGCAACCACGACACAGAACUAGAAUCACACGGGUUGGUUAUUCCACACACAUAAUCAGCACAACCCUGAGAUGAAUAGAAUUUAGAUUUACUGUAAGAAAUGUGUCUGUGAGGCUCUGUCCUUACAAGAAAAAAAAAUCAAUUUAUUAAAUAUUAGACUUUCUGAAGACAUGAACUACAAGCACCACAAUGGGAAGAAAGAAA